AUGGAACAGAAUCUAAGGCCACAACGCGCCACUUUUACUGAAUCAGAAAAAAUCAAACUAUCUUCAUCAAACAAAGUUCACAAAUUCACUUCCAUAUCACUGCCACCUGAUGCCAUCUCUUUAAUUAACAAAGGAACUAACUUUAUCCCCACCACCACCACCACACCAAGCAUCGCUUCUCUCCAAAAAACUAUCGAACCUGAAGUCAACGCAGCCCUCCGUUCACUUAUCCGCAAGGAAAACCACAUUACCGAGCUCAAAUCAUCCAACACUUCCAAAUCACUUCUUUGUUUCCAUCCUUACCGCAAGCAGACGCAUCUUCUUCCUUUACUACAUCAAGAACAAUCACGGCCUCACUUCAACCUUCACCUCAUUGACUAUGUUCACUAUACUGUUUCUUUCACUGGAGAACAACAACAACAAUGA